CUACUUCAGCCCUCCUAAAAUACGCGUUGCUUUCCCCAGGCGUCAAAUCACGCCUCCCCUCCCUGUGAAGCUUACCUUUAGUCUUCUGCUUUGUCAUACUCGGGUUGGCUGAUUCGUGACAGGAUGAAACAGCAGGAUCAUGGCAAGCACCCGAACUCUGUGCAGCAGGAAAUCGGGCAGGACACGACUGGCAGCGAGCGCGAGAGUGUGGAGUUAAAGGGCGUCAAGGCGGAGAAAUAUGCGUACUACAGCCUCUUCGCCGCGAAUAACGGCAUCGGUCCUUACCAAUAUGCCUACUCUCUAUUUCAGACCCUGAUAUAUCAAGCCGCUUUCAACCCCGACAUACUGCCAUGGGGCAGCGCCUCUUGCGAUCAAGACCCAGAUGCGCCCUGCCACGUUCGGUGGGCGGGCAGCACCAAGUCUUACGAAUCAGUGGCCCUGAUCGCCUCCGCAUUGGUAUUCGUCGGCCAGUCCAUCCUCUUCAUCUUCAUCGGCAGCACAGCAGACUACGGGUCCUGGGCCCCCUGGAUCCUGCGGGUCUCCGUCGUGAUCUACGGCGGCCUGUCGCUGGGCUUCUUUGGCCUGCAGACGCCAGAUGCCUGGCCGGCAGCCAUGGCAUUGUACGUCCUGACGAACAUCGGGUUUUAUGUCGUGUUUACUUUCGGCUAUGCAUUGUUCCCGAGGAUAGCAGAUGACCAGCCGGAAGCCCGGAAGGCCCAUGCAGCGUGGCAGAACCAGGAGAUCAAGGCCUCGAGGUACGAGACCACGAUCGAGCACGUCCGCUCGACGAUCGCGAACCACGCGUGGGCGGCGAACAACGUCGGCUUCGCGGUGAGCGCGUGCCUCUGCCUGGCGAUCCUGAAGGGCAUCGACGCGGACUCGACGGCGGCCAGGAACAACCUGGGCUACGCGCUGUCAACCGGCGUGGUGGGGGUGGUGGUGCUGGUGUUCUCGGUGCCGUGGGUGUUCCUCGAGCGGCGCAGGCCGCGGCUGCCCGUCCCGGAGGGCCGCAACAUCGUCAGCUACGGGCUGCAGCAGACGUGGCGCAGCUUCAGGUGCUGCGGGCGCAUCUCGCAGACCUUCCUGUACCUGUUUGUCUACUUCUGGCUCAACGACGGCGUGAGCACGCUCUUCACGAUGCUCAUCAUCUCGCAGACCGCCGUGGCCGAGUUCUCGGCGACGCAGAACAGCUACUUCCUCAUCGUGCAGGGGGCGUCGGUGUUCCUCUUCACCGUCCUCGCGGUGUGGGCCCAGGGGCGGUGGUCCCUCCGGACCAAGACCGUCCUCCACGUCGCCAACUGGUCGUGCUUCUUCCUGGCCGUGUGGGGCAUGGCCGGCCUCUGGACCAGGAGGGUCGGGUACCACAACCUGUGGGAGUUCUGGGCCGUGAGCGUCUUCUACGGGCCCAGCGUCGGCCUGCAGAUGUCGUACUCGCAGGUCUUCCUCGGCCAGGUCAUACCCCGCGGCGAGGAGAACAGGUACUUUGCCCUGCUCGGUUUCAUCGGCCGCGUCGGCUCGUGGAUUGGCCCGCUCAUCUGCAGCGCGAUAGUCGACCGGACCGGCUCCCAGAACGCCUCCUACGGCUUCCUGGCAGCUCUGAUCGGGGCGUCGUCGCUGGGGCUGAUCUUCGUGGACGAGGAGAAGAGCAAACGGGAAUGCGCCGAGUAUGCAGCCAGGGAGCAUCCCGUCGAGACGGAGCGGGAGAAGUCGUCAUCCCAAGGGAGGCAAGCUACUUGGGAGGGAGAACACGUGGGAGAGGAGGUCAAGUCUUGA